AUGGAUGACUUGUAUGAGCGGACUAUUCAGGUCCGACAGGAUAUGCUCCGAUCUUGUGUUAUUGACUUCGGUGGCCAUUGGGAUCGGUUCUUAUCACUGGCUGAGUUUGCAUAUAAUAGUUACCACUGUAGUAUUGACAUGACACCGUUUGAGGCUCUCCAUGGGAAGAGGUGUAGGUCUCCUAUCGGGUGGUUUGAUGCUUUUGAGGUAAGGCCAUGGGGUACAGAUCUUUUAAGGGAGUCAUCGGAUAAAGUCAAGAUGAUUCAAGAAAACUCUUGGCUACUCAGAGUAGGAAGAAAGAGGGAUGUAUCCUAUGAGCUGUCUUUGCCCCCACGUUUGUCAACUGUCCAUCCAGUGUUCCACGUCUUCAUGUUGAAGAGAUAUCAUGGAGAUGGUUUGUUUAUCAUUCGUUGGGAUUCUAUCUUGUUGGAUAAAAAUAUGUCCUAUGAGAAAGAGCCUAUUGUUAUUUUAGAUAGAGAGGUUCGCAAGUUGAGGUCGAAAGAAAUAGCGUCAGUGGAGGUUCAGUGGAAGAACCGUCCAGUUGAUAAAGCUACUUGGGAGAUAGAAUCCGAUAUAUGGAAGAAUUAUCCCCAACGUUUCACUGAAUUAGGUACCUUUUCCCUUAUUUCUCUUCCUUAUCCAUUCGGGGAUGAACGAGUGUUUAAUUGGUAUCUGAUGUAA